CACGGAUCCUCCCAGUCAGCAACAUUAAUGGGGCCAUGAGGUAUCCCGCUCAUGUUUUCCAUGCUUAGGUAAAAGGCUGUUAGACAGAAGUAGUGCUCUGCCUUCUUUCCAGUUUGUACACUGACAUGGGGAGCAAUGGCAAGGUGUUCCAGUUCUUCAACAGGAGACGAAGUCUGUUCCCUAACUACAAAGUCACAGGCUCUGAUGUUAAUCGGAGAUCCUCAGAAAUUGUUUAUCCGUCAGCAAAGGAGAGCUGUGUGAGGACAUGGAACUCCAUGCAAGAGCUGAGCAAAGACAUCUACGAUAUCUACGCUGAAUAUGAAGAUGAAGACGAUGAUGUCCAGCAUGGCUCCUCCAAACAAAUUUCCCCAUCCAAGAAUUAUACGAUCAACAUCAAUGUAGGUGGGACGUCUUUCCAAAUCGCCUACAAGAUGGCAGCGAGGUACCCCAAGACCAGAAUUGGACGACUGGCCACUUACACCGACCACAACAUGAAACUGGACCUGUGUGAUGACUACAGUGUGACCAACAACGAGUUCUUCUUCGACCGAGACCCCGAAAUCUUUCACAGCAUCUUCAAUUUCUACCGGACUGGUGUGCUGUGGAUCAAGGAUGAGCUGUGCCCCCGCAACUUCCUAGAGGAGAUCAACUACUGGGGGGUGAGGAUCAAGAACACCCACCGCUGCUGCCGCAUCUCCUUCGAGGAAAGACAGGACGAGCUGAACGAGCAGCUGAAGAUCCAGAGAGAGCUGGAAGCCGAGGUGGAGAUCGAAGAGAACGAAGCGCUCUUUCAAGAUAUGUUCAUGGGCCAGCGGCGGCGAGCUAUUUGGAACUUGAUGGAGAAGCCAUUUUCUUCAAUCAAGGCCAAGCUGAUGGCCGUGACGUCCAGUCUGUUCGUCCUGAUCUCCCUGGUGGCCAUGACGCUGAACACAGUGGAGGAGAUGCAGUAUCGAGCUCAUAUGGGACAGCUCAGUGGAAAGACUUACUGGGAGUACGUCGAGUCAAUGUGCAUUGCCUUCUUCACCAUGGAGUAUGUGCUACGUCUGGUCUCCACCCCUGACCUCAAAGCCUUCAGCAGGAGUGUGCUCAACACUGUGGACCUGAUCGCCAUCUUGCCUCAGUACCUGCAGGCCAUCCUGGAAUUCUUUGACAACAAGGAAAACUACGUGAAGCACGAGGCCGACAUGCAGGCCGUGGGGCAGGUGGGAAAGCUCGGACAAGUCUUGCGGAUCAUGAGACUGAUGCGCAUCUUUCGUAUUUUGAAGCUGGCCCGACACUCCACGGGCCUGCGAGCGUUCGGCUUCACUCUGCGGCAGUGCUACCAACAAGUCGGAUGCCUGUUUCUCUUCAUUGCCAUGGGGAUCUUCAGCUUCUCUGCCAUGGUUUACACUGUGGAACAUGACAUGCCGCAAACAAACUUCUCCAGCAUUCCUCAUGCUUGGUGGUGGGCAUCUGUCAGCAUCUCCACGGUGGGCUACGGCGACGUUUAUCCAGAGACCAUCCUGGGUCGUCUCUUUGCUUUCAUCUGCAUCGCUUUCGGAAUCAUCCUCAACGGUUUGCCCAUAUCCAUCCUCUUCAACAAGUUCUCAGACUACUACUCCAAACUCAAGUCCAAUCAGUACACAGCCUCCCUGAAUAAUCGAGGGAAAGUGAGAUUCGCCAAGAGGACCAUGCAGAAGCUCAACGACUGCUUGUUAAAGGACCACUGUCAUGAAAACUGAAGAAACGGUAUAAUUUCAGAUAUUUGUGGAGUGUCAGCGACAUCAUUUUUUGUUGAACUCCACAGAUUAUCUACUUUGCUGCCUUAACAAACAUGAAUAGAAGCCCGAUGCAGAUAGCGUCUUAUUUAAAAACCUCAUAAUUGACCAACGUUGGGUGAAAAUUAAACACUAGACUGGUCUCAUCCUUCUUAAA